GUGGAAGCAUUGUAGCCUCACAGCUUCAGGGUCUCUGGUGCAAUCCUAAGCUUCGGUUACUGUCUGUAUGAAGUAUCUGUGCAUGUUCUCUCCAUCUCUGUUUGGGUUUCCUCCCAUAACUUCUCAAACAUUCCAAUAGCUGGAUUGGCUAAAAUAUAUUGCCUGUAGUAGACGAGUGUGUGUGUGUGCAUGAUGGCCUGUGAUGGCCUGGCGUCCCAUUCAGGGUGUAUUCUCACCUUGCGCACAGUAUUCCCAGAAUAGCUUUUGUAUCCACCACGACCCUGACCAGGAGAAAGAGGUUACUGAAAAGUGAGUGAGGUUCUCCAACAGAGCUUGUCUUUUGAUGCCAGUCUGUUGUUUAGAAUGGAAACCGUGGAUUUUAGGACCCAGGGACGCAGCUCAUGUGUCCAGAUCAAUGUGCUGAGCAGAGCUGAAUAAAAGUUGUUGCUGAUUUAGGCUGUUAGUGCGCAGCGCAGGACUUGGACCCCAUUUCAGUGGCUAUUACCUAUUCUGGAUUAUGCUCAUUACGCAUUUAACGUGAUUUAUUUAUUCCUGCCAGUAUAUAUAUAUAAAAAAAAUGACCGCGAGAUGUUUUCUGAUUUUGGGUUAUGUGUUCAUAUGAGUGCGUUUUCCGUCGUUGGAUAACUCGCAACUUUGCGCACAGGGGUUCACUUGUCUUGGAUCGCUCCAACCACCUGUAAGCGUCUGAAUGGAAAGUAUGUCACCGCAGCAGCAUGUAAACAUCAGCCAGAGCCGCUCUUCAUCACUCACUGAGGAGACCAUAAUGUGCGCGCAUCUGGAUAACAAGCGGAGGACGAAGGCCCUGUCUUGUCGCAGGCAGUCUGCUCCUUCCUUGGUCAUCAGCAAAGCACUUACUAGAUCCAGAACAAUAUCCAGGGAUAACAGUCUCUCUCCAGUCAGCCCAGAGACAUGCCUAUUGGUACAAUCAUAUCUUAAUCCUUCAAGGAUGUUUAUUGGUCAUGUAUAUGCCCAGCUGAAGACUGGUCUGCAGACCCAGGAGAGGCAUAUGUUCCUUUUCACUGACAUUCUACUCAUCAGCAAAGCCAAAUCUUCAACCAACUUUAAGCUGAAGGCGCAGACACGAGUUUGUGAAAUGUGGACAGCAAACUGCAUGGAAGAAGUGUGUGAGGGGAGUACAUGUCUUGACAAAAGCUUUGUGAUGGGUUGGCCGACUUGCAACUGUGUAGCCACUUUCAGCUCAGUUGAACAAAAGGAGAGAUGGCUUUCCCUUAUAAAAAGUCGAAUAAAAGAGGAGAAGGAGAAAGAUAAUCCAAAAACAAUCCCCCUUAAAGUGCAUGCCAAGGACAUGGGGAACUUUUCAUAUAAAACCAUUGCUGUGAGCAAUUCUGACAGUGCCAAUGAAGUUAUUCGUCUAGCACUGCAGCAGUUUGGGAUUCUCGGUUCUGUGAAGGACUUCCAACUGUGGGUGAGUUCCAGAAAAGACAAUGCUCCUUACCCUCUUAUUGGUCAUGAGUUUCCUUUCAGUAUACAGAUGAGCCAUUUAAGAGAGCCUUUGGAUGAAACUGGUGAAAAAAGUGAUGAAAUUACUCCACCUGAAAGACAAAUGGAGCUACUCUUUGAGCAGUUGCAGUCAGACAGUCAGUGCCAAUUCAUCCUGAGGCCAAGUCGGGUCGCUGUGGGCCACUCUUUUGUUGUUGAUCCAGACCAGAAGCCAUUCAAAAGACGUCGGUCACUCAUCAACUGGGCUUUUUGGCGUGGUUCAUCCAGUCAGCUCGAUGAUCCUCCUUUAUCACCCCAUCUAUACACAAGUGAUAAGCUCUUUGGCCUCCCGCUCAGCAUGGUAUGCAAGGAUAACAGCCUUCCCAAACCCAUCAUGGACAUGCUAGUGUUUCUGUUCCAAGAGGGGCCUUUCACAAGGGGAAUUUUCCGGCGUUCUGCUGGGGCCAAAGCCUGCAGGGAGCUGCGAGACAAACUGGACUCAGGAAUCCAGGUUGUUCCUACGAGCCGACAGUCUAUCUUUAUGAUUGCUGCUGUACUGAAGGACUUCCUGCGCAGCAUCCCAGGCAGCCUGCUGUUGUCAGAUCUAUAUGAGAAGUGGAUGGCCACCAUGGAUUUGUCUGACGAAGCAGAGGACAGUCAAUUAAAGGCCAUUCGGGGUUUGGUGAUGUCUCUACCUUCUGAGAACAUCCUACUCCUAAAACAUGUUUUGGCUGUGCUCUACAACAUUCAGCUCCAUGCCGAAGACAACCAGAUGAAUGCCUUUAACCUGGCCGUAUGCAUUUCUCCAAGCAUGCUCUGGUCCCCGGCUCCCAACACCCCUGAGAUGGAAGGAGAAGGUACAAAAAAGGUCUGUGACUUGGCACGGGUAAUGAUUGAAAAUUGUAUUGCAAUAAUGGGAGAAGAUGUGACUACACUAUUUGAUGGUUUUCCUCAGAGCUGCAGUCAUGGAUCAGAUGUGUCCUCUUAUCAGAUGACCGACUCUUCCUAUGACAGCCUUGAGAAUGAGCUGAAUGACGACUCUGGAUCAGUUUUCCAGACCAUGCAAAGAUCACGAGGCAAGCCAGACAGUCGCAGUUAUGACUCAGUCCUCACACUGAGUGACUGUGACCUGGAUCAAACUGAUACUGACCCAGACAUCACCAUAAACCCACACCUAUUGGUCCCAUCACUAGCCUGCCCAGUAAAAAUAUCUCCAGCAGUGAGUCCAUCCACUCCUCAUCUGCAUUCUCCUUGUAAGGAAUCUUCUUUUCCUAAGGGUGUUCGUCAACUAAGACGUUCUUCUGAGCCUGCCAUUUGGAAUUUGACCUCAUCAAUAACAAGAUACCUAGAACGUAGGGAAAACAGAAAGGGCAGUUACGAAUGUGUGACAAGCCAUGGCAAAAGUGAUCUAGAUGUAGCCCUUGAGGUUGAUUUAAACACCUUGAGGCUGGAGAAGCAGUGUGAUCAUAGUCAGAGGGAUCGGAAUGUCCCUCAACAACUGAAAGAGCACCUGAAACUUUCACCUCUUCAUCUAGAUACCAGCUGCAAAAAUCUCUGCUCCCCUGGGGCUUCACCAGUGCAUUCUUCAGUGAGCUCUCUGGACAGUGCUUCCUCUCAGCAUUCUGCUGACUUUAGCAAACAUUGCCCUCAUAUAAUAAGCAGCUUCAAGGCAUCAGUGAAAUCUUCUGCCAAGUUCCCUGGCAUUGUGUCUGAAAUAUCUCCUGGUCCAACCAUACCUUCUCCCAAAGACUAUCCAGCUAAAGAGAAAUUAGACUGGAGCCAAUUGAGGAGCAGUCAUGGGCUACAUCCAAAUACCUGGCUUAAGAAAGACCACAGACUUUCCCUGUCUAAGGACAAAGGAGGCCUGGAUGACAAGGACAUUGGUGAUCCACUCCUCCAUUAUGAGAAUUUCUCCAAGACAAGCCAUAGCAAGGAGAGAAGUGCUCAGGAGAGCCCUCUCUGCUCUGAAGAACCCUUGUUCAAAACACAGCAUUGCAGGUCAGUUUAUUCUCCUGCCUUGGAAAAAACACAAACAGUGAAAGAACUGAGAGAGAGUCACAACCAGGCAUGUUCACUGAGUAACCAAACCCAGGUAUGGAAAUACUCUCAGAAAAGCACACCAGGAGGUAAUACCAGUAGUUUGCCACAGUCUGUCUUCUAUGGCCAAACUGUUCGCCGCUUGGCCUUGUACAGAAAGAAAUCUUACUCUCUCAUUCCUGUUGUGGAGAAGUCCCCUGUACGUCCUUCCCUUCAGCGCCGAGCAUCUGAACCUGGAGAGACUUGUCUGGGGUUGGAUAGGGAGACAUCAAAGAGUCUGGAGCAUAUCCACAGGCAGGCUGUAUCAAAACAAGACACUUAUUGUAACCCCCAUACUCAUGGACCUAAGGCAUCUGACCUGGAGCAAGAUGAUAAGUAUAGUAAACCCCAGUUUGGCUUGUCACCUACUGCCACAAAGGUUGUGAGGAACUACUUCUUUUGGCAAGGAGGUGAAGAUACUCAGAGUAAUCUAAAGAAGAGUCAGGAAGUGGCACUUGCUAUUGUCCAUGGCAAGCGGGAGUGGAUGAGGAGGUGCAGUGAUACACAGCUGGAAGACUUUGAAAAAAUGCUUUUUUCAGAGGAGUCUUAUGUCUAAGUUCCUGGGUUCUAAUGUAGUACUUUCCAAAUUCAGUCCAAGUAUACAGUCAUGUGAAACAAUAAGCACACCCUAUGGAAAUUGGCUUUUUUGACAUAUUUAGACAAGCAAACAUUUGAUCAUCGUUGAAACAUUGCUUAUUAUUAAAGUUGAAAUACUUGAAAACC